CAAUAAAUCCUGUUACUGCAACAAAACCACCACUAGUAACAAAUGGUUUAGAAACAUCAAAUAUAUCACUAUUAUGUCGUCGUCUAAUGAUAGAAAUUACAAGUAAUGUACUUCCAAUCACUACAAAUAUUACGCCGACGGAAAAGAAAGCUGGUUCAAAUACUCGAAGGACAAAUAAAGAAAAGGCGAAUUGGGAUAAGCUUGUUCGCCAAUACGCCCCUUCAAAUGUUCUUUGA